GUCUCGUACUCGCACUUCUGCUGGCCCGGGAGAGGGGGGGGACGAACAGAAAUAAGGGAAAGUAUAAAAUAUUGAGCCGUUAAGCCGGGAUCUCUCGUGAGCGGUUGAGAAUGCACGCGAUUGCUACAGCGGAACGCAUUGGCUCCUGAGAUGCACGCGCAGGAGACGAGCCGCUGCCGUGAAACAAUUUUUUGUGUGAAGACGUGUUGCGGGCCGCCAUUUUUUUGCUGUGCUGCCUCAAAAGUCUGUUCCGACUCGAGAAAGAGGAUUCAAAAACGCAUUUCCAUGACGUGUGCCUUAUCGUAAGAUCGAGAAGAUACAAACUAAUCAUUUCAGUUUCCGACCCGCGGCUACUGGCGACCUUUGGCAGACAUGAGGAUUAAACAGACGAAAAACUAAGGCCACCUUUUCCGCUCUCAUAACUGACACUGACUGGAGGAGAUAAAUUAUUAGAGAAUAAAGAGAAGAGAAGCCUGGUGUUUUCUCGGAAGGCGGAACGAAAAAGGGAAGCUUGUUUGAUCAUUUGUUGCUUCGGUCUCCGUCGAUGUUCGUCUGUCGUAAGUUUGUAUUUUUUGCUAUUUUGGCCGCUAAAACAAUCACUCAGCCAUUGACUGCUGAACACGGGAACCGGACUGCUCCGAAGUUGGAUCAAGCCAGUCGCAGCCUGCCUCUGAAAGCGUCAGGUUGUUUUGGUUUUUUGGCUGUUGCCUUUUUUUAAUCCGAAGUCUCCGGAGCCUGCAGCGUUUGUGCAAAGCCUCACAGGGCGACGAAUGCCCUGCCCUGCAUCUUCCAAAUCCUCCAAUUUGCUGCGAUUGGCCAAUCCCAACCACGCAGAAGCGUUUUAACUUAUUGUCUAGUCUGUUUUGUAAUUUUCGUCUCUGUAGACUCAUAUUAACUUAUUUUUUGAACAGAAAUGUCAACUGCUCGCUUUGAUUCAGCCGAUCGGUCCGCCUGGUAUUUUGGACCUGUGUCACGACAAGAGGCGCAGAAUAGGUUACAAGGACAGAGACAUGGCAUGUUUCUUGUUCGAGACUCGUCGACCUGCCCCGGCGACUACGUGCUGUCAGUAUCUGAAAACUCCAAAGUGUCUCACUAUAUCAUCAACUCUUUGCCCAGCAAGAGGUUUAAGAUUGGCGACCAGGAAUUUGAGCACCUGCCUGCUCUCCUGGAGUUCUACAAAAUCCACUACCUGGAUACGACCACGCUGAUCGAGCCAGCCCCCAGGUACCCAAGCACAGUGAGUUGUCCCAUCCUGCCCAUGGUUGGCCCAGAGGAGAACCUGGAGUAUGUGCGGACUCUAUACGACUUCACUGGCAGCGAUGCAGAGGACCUUCCCUUCAAGAAGGGGGAGAUCCUCAUCAUCCUGGAGAAGCCAGAGGAGCAGUGGUGGAGCGCCAAGAGUAAAGAGGGACGUGUCGGGAUGAUCCCUGUGCCCUAUGUGGAGAAAUUGGUACGACCUUCGCCUCACCCUGGCCAGCCUUCCCACGGAUCUCGCAACUCCAACAGCUAUGGGAUCCCUGAGCCCUCCCACGCCCUUGUCCACGCCUACGCCCAGCCCCAGACACCUUCACCAUUGCCCCCUGGCACCCCUGGAGCAGUUAUCACCCCUCUACCGUCCAUGCAGAACGGCCCCGUCAUGGCAAAGGCCAUCCAGAAACGAGUGCCAUGUGCCUAUGAUAAGACAGCUCUUGCUCUAGAGGUUGGUGACAUCGUCAAGGUUACACGGAUGAACAUCAGCGGCCAGUGGGAGGGAGAGGUGAACGGACGGAGGGGCCUCUUCCCAUUCACCCAUGUCAAAAUCAUAGACCACCAGAAUCCGGAUGAGAGUGACUGACCUAAGAGUUCGACUGAACCCUCUCGCCAGUAUCGACCUGCACCUGAACGUGCUGGCUAUCACCACCUUUCCCGCCAGCGUCGCCGGUCGGUUACAUGCUUGCCUGCUUGGGGCUGUACAAUGAUAGCGACCCCUAUGUUGUUGCCAACCGUUGCAAGGCUUACUGACUGUUUACAGCUUUGGACUUUGGAUCCAAACUAAAACCUGACCCCACUUCUCCCAGCUCCCUUCCCCAUGUCUUGGUUCUAGGCUGGGCAGUGUUUUUGCAUUAGAGUCCUUUUCAUUUCCCGAUCACUGGGCAUCAGUGUGAGUGUGUAUGUGUGUGUGUAUGUAUAAGUGCAUGUGUGUGUGUGUUCACAAUAGAUAUUUACCACAUUACAUCAUGACAGGUCCGGUUUUUAUUUGAUUCUCUGAAUAUUUGUCAUGUUUGAAGUCUUGGGGACUUUAGAACGUGUUGGUGUGCGUUUGUUUCGUUGAUGUGAGGAUAUCUGUACGAAGUAGGGAGAUGCAAUGUCCCUACGGACCUGGAGGAGCACUGAGGCAGUGAGGAGCUAACCAGCCAGUCAAAUGUUAUUUCUCCAAACAAUCAAGUCACUGUUGUACCUUUGCCAUCUCACACACAAGCACACACGUACACACACUUAUUGGCCAUGAGCUAUUCAGGUUGACAGGGUUUUUGAUGUGCAUGUGAUGUGUGACUGGAGUCAGGUGGAAGCAGGACAGAUGGGUUUGAGGAGGAUAUAGCUCAAGUCUGGCUGACAAGACUUAAUUUAUCGUUUGUUAACAAGACAUGACACGGUCAUAUGUGAUUUCAUCUCUUUUUUUGUGCCACACGAUCAACAUUUCAUGGAGAAGAUGUAUGGUAAAGAGGUGACUCUGCAUGUCCACGUGGUACCUCUCUUUACUGUCCUUCCCAUUAUUUUAAAACUAAAAGGACAUUGCUUAGAGAUUAGCAGGUUUUCAGUGCCAACAGCACCAAGCACUAGAAGAUACGUGUCAACUUUCUGCAUAGGAGCGCAAAGCUUUGAGCAGGUUUUCAAGUCAAAUAGCAACGGCAGUCGCCCCGGGGCAGCACUUCCCACAAGCAUCUGACUACAAGGCUAGCUAAAAAUGCAGCGUGGGCACGAGGACUGUAGGCUGUCCACUGAGGUGAGACGCUCCACUCAGUGGCUUAGGUCUGGGAAGGAGGGAAUGUCUCAGCAAGCCAAUGAGAUCCCGUCAAUGCCUUUUUCAGAGAGUAAGAUAAAUGCAUCUCUUAGCGCAUGCAAUCCCCUCUCUAACCCUAUGUUUUAAUGUGAUGUUACUCUUGUCAAGUUAGGAUUUCAACCAGCUUUAUUCCUUAAAUAUAUGGUCUGUGCACAAUUUGUUUCCUUAUGCAAACGGACCCCAUGUCGGAGUUGUGGAAAGCAUCUUUGUUCAUAUUGUGCUGCAACCAGUUCUAUUUGAUCAGUAGGAGCCGAGGAUUAAACAGUUGCGCAAACAGUGCCGACCGCUAGAUUUCUGCUGUAAAAAUGAACUAUUUCACCCCCCACCCAGUGCUUUCCGUUCAGAUUGUUGCUCAGCCGUUCCCUCAGAGUAACAUUGUGCAGCUUUUAGUUGUAUCCCAGUCUUCUUUUGUUUCUUUGUUAGUUUGUGGUCCGCUAUUAAAUCAAGCAUUUUUUGUUCAAACGAGUGAUGUAAUUAAAAGUACCUACGGUGACAUUUACAAAAGGGAAAAAUGCCUGCUGGUUGCCUCUGUGCAUGACCUCUUGGCCGGGGAGAUGGUUCUACCUGGCCAAAUGCUGCUUAAUGUCAUUUAUGUCCUUAUUAAAUAAAGGUUUCUCUUAAUUUGAUCCCUCCUGGUCCGUGCAAACAAGCCAGUGUGGGUUUUCCUCAUCAGACUUAAUGAAAUCUACUAAUUAAGCAAUACACCCUGAUUAUCUCCUUUCUUGAGGUGAACUUGCUUUUCUCAUGCUUCUGAGUUGUUUUGUAAUGGCAUUAACAGUAUUACUGUGCUCUCUUCCCAUAUUCUAGGAAAGCCUGUCUUUUACUUAAGAAUUGAAAAUUGUGCCUUUUAUUUUCUUAUACCAUUUACAUGUGUUAAUAUUUCCCAUGGUUAACACCUGUGCUGGUAUUGACCCUUUAUGUACAGAACAAGUAAAUAAAAUUUACGUCUACUU